AUGGAAAGAAUUCGAAGAAUUUCCAGAGAUAAUACAGACAAGGGUUUUUUUCUUUUCUUUUUGGGAAGAAGAGAAGAUGUUUACAGAAGGACUUGACAGGAAUUCUGUCAAUUGGAUCAAACAGAGAGGAAGUCCAGUAAUGCAAAACCAGAGAAUCCAAAUCAAUGGUAGUAGAAGAUUUGAAUUGCCAUCUACUGCGAAGUUUAGUAGUGGGCAUUUUCCAUCUGGUAUAAUUCCACUUUCUAGCAGUGGUGGUGUUAGAGAUUCUGGGUCUGACAUGGAUACGGACUCUGACACGGAAAAUUGUACGACUAGCGGCAGUGUGUAUCAUGAUUUUAAGGAAACAUUUAAGAAUAAUCAGAAAAGGAAAAAUGGUGGGUGUUAUUGGAAGAGUGGAGGUACAGAGGAGGAGGAACAAUGGUCUGAUUCUAUUUUAAGCUCUGAGUUUGGUUCUACACAAGUGGGUAGUAACAAUGUGGAUUUGCCUUCAAGAGGGGGAAUUUAUUCAGAGAGUUGCUACUCUUCUUCUUCUCCAGUUCAUUCAAGGCCUAAAUUCGAAAAAUUCAUCGAAAAGGACUUCCAUGUAAAAGGCAUACCCAAUAAGAUUUACGCCGAUCGAGUUCCUAAUGCACCUCCAAUUUCUGAUCCUUGUCGUGAAGUCUAUGAGGGAGUAGUGCAAAAUGAUUCGUCUAGGACUCGGUUUACUGCAGAUUCAGACUGCUUCUCCAUUAAAAAGUUGCAAUCUACGUCCACUGAUAUUAUGUCUGGAAUGGCCUCUCCCUCUCGGGUUACCGCUGGAAGCCAGUGUUGUGAUCCGCUUGAAAGGACUAGUACUGAGGUGGAAGCUGCUUCAUCUAGGGGUUUGCCAGCCCGCCUUCCCACAUUCCAUGCAAGUGCUCUAGGACCAUGGUAUGCAGUGAUUUCAUAUGAUGCAUGUGUUCGGCUCUGCCUUCGUGCCUGGGCUAUGGGUUGCACAGAAGCUCCUGUCUUUUUAGACAAUGAAUGUACACUUUUGCGUAGAGCAUUCGGCUUGCAACAUGUGUUGUUACAACCAGAAGAAGAAUUAUUGGCUAUACGGUCAUCCACUCCUAGCAUUAAGGGGUCAGCCUUUAAGCCUAAGAAAACCAUUGGCAGGGUUAAGGUGCAAGUUCGGAAAGUGAAAAUGGAUUUGGAUUCACCCAACGGAUGUAGUUUUUCAUCCCUUCGUCCCACAAAGAUAAAAGUGGAAGCCCUUAGACAUCGCUUGUCUAAUCUACGGUCAACAUUUUCUUCUGGAUGGCAAGCAAUUCGGAGGGUUCGUGUACAACCUCAAGUACCUGCUAGUGGCUCUUUCUCAAGAUAUAGUUUAGCAUAUUUGCACGCUAGUGGUCAGUACAUAAAACAAGUAUCUGGACUUCUUAAAAUUGGUGGGACAACUUUGCGCAGUAGGUCAGAACCAUAUGAAGUAGUGCAAGAGACAUACACCUGCAUUUUGAGAUUGAAAAGUUCAAAUGAUGACGAGACAGUUCGUAUGCAACCAGGAUCUGGUGAAACACAUUUAUUUUUUCCAGAUAGUGCAGGAGAUGAUCUUUUUCUUGAAGUCCAGGAUUCCAAGGGAAAAUACUGCGGCCGUGUCGUUGCUCAGAUGGCUACUUUUAUGGAGGAGCUGGGUGACAAGGUUCGCUGGUUGCCUUUUUACCGUGAACCAGAGCAUGAGCUUGUUGGCAGAAUACAACUGUGCAUAAACUAUUCUACCAGUAUAAAUGAAAAUGUUCAUCUUAAGUGUGGCUCAGUUGCGGAAACUGUAGCCUAUGACUUCGUUUUAGAAGUUGCGAUGAAAGCUCAGCAUUUUCAGCAAAGAAAUCUGGUCUUGCAUGGGGAAUGGAAGUGGUUACUUACUGAAUUUGCAUCUUAUUAUGGGGUUUCAGAUGCAUAUGUUAAGCUAAGAUACCUUUCGUACGUUAUGGAUGUGGCUACGCCUACGGCUGAUUGCCUCAUCUUAGUGUAUGAUUUAUUAUUUCCAGUAAAAAUGAAGGGCAGUGCUAAAAGCACUUUAAGUCAUCAAGAGAAUCGCAUCUUAGGAGAAAUUGAGGAUCAACUUGGACAGAUUCUUUCUCUUGCUUUCGAGAAUUACAAGGCAUUAGAUGAGGCGUCAUUAUCAGGAAUGCUGGAUGUUUUUCGGCCUGCUACUGGAUCUCCAGCUCCCGCUUUAGCACCUGCUGUAAAGCUUUACAGUCUCCUUCAUGAUAUAGUAUCGCCUGAUGCACAGUCAAAGCUAUGCAGCUAUUUCCAGGUUGCAGCUAAAAAGAGAUCAAGAAGGCACUUGGCUGAGACGGAUGAGUUCAUAACCAGCAAUGGUGAAGGAACAUUAAUGGAUGUUGUUACUUUUUCUUCUGCUUAUCAGAAGAUGAAAUCUCUGUGUUUGAAUAUCAGAAAUGAAAUUUUUACUGAUAUAGAAAUCCACAAUCAGCAUCUUCUUCCCAGCUUUAUAGACCUUCCAAAUAUUUCCUCAUCCAUAUAUAGUGUGGAGCUUUGCACUAGAUUGCGUGCAUUCCUUGCUGCGUGUCCCCCUGACAGUCCCUCAUCUUCUGUAACAGAGCUUGUUAUUGCAACUGCUGAUUUGCAGAAGGAUCUCAUUAGUUGGAAUAUUAAUCAAGUCAAAGGAGGUGUUGAUGCGAAAGAGUUGUUCCACUCAUACAUCAUGUCGUGGAUCCAAGAUAAACGUCUGUCCCUGCUUGAAUCCUGCAAAUUAGACAAGGUAAAAUGGUCAGGGGUCAGAACACAGCAUUCUACAACUCCAUUUGUGGAUGAUAUGUAUGACCGUCUCAAAGAGACCUUAAAUGAGUACGAAAUCAUCCUUUGUCGCUGGCCGGAGUACACUUUUGUCCUAGAGAAUGCCAUUGCGGAUGCUGAAAAAGCUCUGAUGGAAGCUUUGGACAAGCAGUAUGCAGAUGUUUUAUCACCAUUGAGAGAGAACAUGACGCAUAAGAAUUUCGGCCUUAAAUAUGUUCAGAAGCUUGCCAACCGAUCUGCAUGCAUCUACGAAGUCCCUGGAGAACUGGGAGUUUUUAUGAAUUCUUUAAAGAGAAUGCUAGAUAUGCUGUGCCCCAGAAUUGAAACCCAGCUGAAAUCAUGUUCUUGUAUUCUUACUGGGGGGAGUACAGUUCCCGCGGAGCGUCUAAGUGAAAUAACGGUAAUGCUAAGAUCUAAGUUCAGGAGCUACCUGCAGGCCAUUGUUGAGAAGCUCGGAGAGAAUACAAAGGUGCAGAAUGUAACAAAGCUAAAGAAGAUCCUCCAGGAGUUCAAGGAAACAGUGACAGAAUCAGAUGUUCGAAGUAGAAUCCAGCCCUUGAAGGAUCAGCUCACUAAGACCAUAGAUCAUCUUCACAGUGUCUUUGAAACUCAUUUAUUUGUGGACAUCUGCCGAGGAUAUUGGGAUCGGAUGGGACAAGACGUCUUGAGUUUCUUAGAUAACAGAAAAGAGAACAGAGCCUGUUAUAAAGGUGCACGCGUUGCAGUUUCUAUAUUGGAUGACAUUUUUGCAUCUCAGAUGCAACAGUUGCUUGGAAAUGCACUUCAAGAGAAAGACUUGGCGCCACCCAGAUCGAUCAUGGAAGUGCGGUCAGUGCUAUGCAAGGAUACAGUGAAUCACAAGGGCAACAAUUACUACUACUAGUUAUGAUAUGGGUUUGUAUGUACAUAUACAAGACUGAAUUACACGAAAUCCACUUCGAGCAGCAUGAAAUUAAGAAAUGAGAUCACUAAGAAAGAUUGUACAGCUACAAGAUCAAUUUUUAAGGCGUCUCCUUAUUGAUGGCAGGCAAACAAGAGCGGAAGCUUGUGCACA